AUGCGAAGAUCACCAGUUCUCUCUCAUCUUAUUCAAAUUCUACUAUCACUCUCACUCUGUCUUUUCCUUGUUGAGCCUUUUCAAUAUGAUCUUCGACUCGAAUUGACCCAUGUCGACGCCAACACCAACCUCACCUCCCUCCAACUCCUCCACCGUAGCAUCGAGCGGAGCCGCACCAGGCUUUCGUGGCUAACCGGGGAUAACGACUCCCCCGACUCAACCGAUUCCCCCUUCAAUGCUCAAGUGCCCAUCUCUGAGAUCGACGGUGGUGAAUACCUAGCUGAACUCCACAUCGGUAGUCCACCUUCUUCUUUCCUUGCGAUCCUUGACACCAGCAGCGACAUCAUCUGGAUUCAAUGCGUCCCACCAGUGUUUGACCCAUCGCAAUCCUCCACCUUUGCGGAGCUCCCAUGUUUCAACACCCUGUGCCAAGCACUUUCGCGGUUUAAAUGCGCCAACAACCUAUGCCACUAUAGCUACUGCUAUGGGAGGUCUAGAAAUGUUCACGGUUAUCUAGCAAGCGAAACCUUCACCUUUGGCCUUACCAAUGGAACCGUUGUCUCCAGCAUCAGUUUCGGAUGCGGUUCCAUAAGCCCGGGGGACAUGACAUGGCAACCCUCUGGCUUUGUUGGACUCGGUCGCGGGCCCUUGUCUUUGGUCUCGCAACUUGGGUUAAAAAAGUUCUCCUACUGCCUCUCCCCGCCUCAUGAAGCUCAAAAAAAGAGUCUUCUGCUUCUUGGCUCCCUAGCUAACCUUCCUGGAAACACAAUGAAUGAGAUUACAUCAACUAACCUACUAAUAAAUCCUGCUAAGCCAACAUUCUAUUAUCUUCCUCUAUUGGGGAUCACAGUUGGAGAAACCUUUAUACCUACUAUAGGAAUUUAUAUCCCUGAGGAGCGCAAUAAAGGUGGCUUCAUCAUAGACUCUGCAACCUCCAUGACUUUUCUAGCAGCUAAUCUCUUCGCUCCUGUAAAGAAAGCUUUUGUAACACAAAUGGGACUGCCAUUUGUGGAUAACAAUCCCCAUAAUCCGCUCGCUUGCUUCUAUAUGCCAUCGCCAUAUUCGUCGAUUGACGAUGUUGAGGUGCCGAACUUUGUCUACCACUUUGAAGGUGGGGACAUGGCGCUGCCGCCGGAGAACUAUUUAUGGCUCGAUUCGGAGACUGGGUUGCUGUGUUUAGCCAUUAUGCAGUCCACGGAUGAGGUGUCAGUGAUGGGCAGCUUCCAGCAGCAGAAUAUUCAGAUACUCUAUGACCUGGAGAACGAGGUGGUGUCGUUCAUGAAGUCUCAAUGUGACAUGGAAUAUUAAAGAUCACAUUUGGUGAUGAUUGUUGAUGCUUA